AUACAGAUGUUCCAGAGACAGGAGACAGCGUUAGUGUGUAGUCUCAGUGGUCUCAGUGGCCUGGUGUUGUUGUUGUUGUUAUUGUUGUGGUCCCGUGUGCGGUGGAUCCUCGGUCCGGUCUGGGGAACAUGAGUCUGAAGGACCGAGCGGCCGUCCGGCAGCAGAGCUCGGAGAAUAACUCGGUCAGCAGCUCCGAGUGGGACAUGGCCAACGACGUGUUCGUGUCCGUGUACGAUGACCCCUCCGAGGGGGACGGGGUCUCUGCUGCCGGGGACCAGGACCCAUCACAGCCCGAUCUGGACCGACACCUGCCCCUCCUGCGGGGGGACUCUCACCGGUUAUCCCAGGAGGAGGGUAUGAUGCUGGGCCUGCCUGAGGAGGAGUACCCCGGCUCAUCCUUCCUGUCCAUCGACCCGGACUACACCGAGAGUGACGGGAACCUGACCACCAAAAAGCGGAUCCGCUCCAACAGCUCCCGGCACCGCGGGGAGGUGGUCACGGAGCUUGGACCGGAGGAGGUCCGCUGGUUCUACAAGGAGGACAAGAGGACCUGGAAGCCUUUCGUCGGACACGAUUCGUUAAAAAUCGAAAUAGUGUACAGGAGGUUCUGCGAGCCGGAUCCGGGAAGGGUCAGACAGACGGACGGCACGGAGGCCGAGGGGAAGGAGGCAGAGGAGACUGGGGCGGAGGGUCGAGGGCAGAGGGGAUCCGGGUCAGAGGAGGGGAAGGAGGCAGAGGAGGUCACCGUGGAGGCGGUCUGUGUCCGAGGAGGACUGUACGAGGUGGACAUCCGGGAGAAAGAGUGCUACCCGGUCUACUGGAACCAACAAGACCGGAUCCCUGUGAUGAGGGGUCAGUGGUUCAUCGACGGGACGUGGCUCCCCCUCGAGGAGGAUGAGAGCGACCUCAUCGAGGUGGAUCACCUGGCCCGUUUCCGGGGCCAACAGAUGAGGGACACCUAUGAGAUGGAGGUGGUGACAACCACGGUGGACAGCAAGGACUCCAUCCACAGUCUGAAGCUGAGCAGGAGUCAUGUAGACUGGCACAGCGUGGACGAGGUUUACUUGUACAGUGAUGCCACCACCUCCAAGAUCGCACGCACUGUCACGCAGAAACUCGGCUUCUCUAAAGCCUCCAGCAGUGGGACGCGUCUCCACCGAGGAUACGUUGAGGAGGCGGCUCCUGAGGACACGCCCCCUGAAACCACGCACAUUGUGUUCGUGGUGCACGGCAUCGGGCAGAAGAUGGACCAGGGCCGGAUCAUCAGGAACACCAGCAUGAUGAGAGACGCUGCGAGGAAGAUGGAGGAGAAGCACUUCUCUGACCGCAGCACGGAGCACGUGGAGUUCCUCCCUGUGGAGUGGAGGUCGAAGCUCGCUCUGGAUGGAGACACAGUGGACUCCAUCACUCCAGACAAAGUGCGGGGUCUCAGAGACAUGUUGAACAGCAGUGCCAUGGACAUCAUGUACUACACCAGCCCGCUCUACAGAGACGAGAUAACCCGGGGUCUGACUCUGGAGCUGAACCGGCUCUACUCGCUCUUCUGUUCGAGGAACCCGGACUUCGAGAAGCACGGGAAGGUGUCCAUCGUGUCUCACUCUUUGGGCUGCGUCAUCACCUUCGACAUCAUGACCGGCUGGGACCCGGUCCGCUUUCAUCAUCAGGAGGCGCCCGACCCCGAAGAAACCAAGGCCCGCUGGCCCAGUGAGCAGGAGCGCCACCUGCAGGAGGAGCUGAGGCUCACACACCUCAGGCUGAGGGAUCUGGAGGAUCAGUUCCAGGGUCUGCAGACUUCCUCCUGUGUUGCAGUGCCAGCUCUCAAGUUUAAGGUUGAGAACUUCUUCUGCAUGGGCUCUCCUCUGGCUGUGUUCCUCGCUUUGAGAGGGAUCAGACCCGGAAACAACGGCGUGCAGGACCACAUCCUCCCCACGUCCAUCUGCAAACGCCUCUUCAACAUCUUCCACCCCACAGACCCCGUGGCAUACAGACUGGAGCCUCUGAUCUUGAAGCACUACAGUAACGUCUCUCCAGUUCAGAUCCACUGGUACAACACCACGAGCCCGACUCCAUACGAUCAGAUCAGACCCACGCUGCUCAACCUCCCCAAAGAGACGGCCUCGGUGUCCGACUCAGAGAGCAUCCCCAGCCCCUGCACCUCCCCCCCUCAGGCCCGACGGCACUACGGAGAGUCCAUCACCAACCUGGGCAAGGCCAGCAUCAUGGGUGCGGCGAGCAUCGGAAAGGGAAUAGGAGGCAUCCUGUUUUCCCGCUUCUCCCGGUCCAGUGGUCAGGUGGGUGGCGUGGAGGAGGAGCCGUCAGACUGUGAGGGCGGAGCCUCUGAAGUGGAGAAUGUGGCAGCAGGAGAGGAAGGAGCCGUGGAGGGGGAGUGCGAGGAGAAAGAGAAACAGGAGAAGGAGGAGAGAAGGGAGGUGGAGUCUGCCAUGUCCCAGUCCACCUCAGCCGUCAUGGACAACACCAGCUUGGAGCUGGAGAAACGCAUCGACUUCGAGCUGAGGGAGGGUAUGGUGGAGAGCCGCUAUUGGUCAGCAGUGACGUCACACACAGCCUAUUGGUGCUCCUACGACGUGGCUCUGUUCCUGCUCACCUUCAUGUACCGACCACAGGAACCUGCUGAGCCUGCAGAGGACAGCACUGAGACGUCAUAACAGGAGGGGACACGUGAACAUGAGACGGACACGUCUCAACACGGAGGGACACGUUAGAGCAGCAGACAUAAAGACAGAAAAGACACAGGGAGGCGUGUUAGAGUUAGAGAAGACUUUUACUGAUGGAAGAAAAGACACGUCAUAGCAUGUCAUGACAUGUUGAGACAACGGUACGGUGGCUGGGAAGUGCAACGCAAA